GGCGGAAGGCGAGGCCCGGCCGGGAACUUCCCCGGGCUGCCGUACGACGCGGUCUCGGUAGCAGAGGGUGGCUGCGAGGACUGAGAGCGACCACGUGUACAGAGCGCAUGCGCCGGCCGCCAGGACACCCUGCAGAGGGCAGUGCUGUCGCUGACCUUGACCCUGAUGCUCAGGCCUGUGGAGAGGUGACUGCUUGGUGUGAUCAGCACUGGGAAAGAUGCCAGCUCCAGCUACCACAUAUGAAAGAAUAGUUUACAAAAAUCCCUCCGAGCACCACUACAUGAAAGUCUGCCUAGAAUUUCAAGAUUGUGGGGUUGGACUGAAUGCUGCACAGUUCAAACAACUGCUUGUUUCAGCCCUGAAGGACCUGUUUGGGGAGGUUGAUGCUGCCUUACCCUUGGACAUCCUGACCUACGAAGAGAGGACCUCAUCAGCCAUCUUGAGAAUAUGUAGCAGUGGUCUUGUCAAAUUAUGGAGCUCUUUGACUCUGUUAGGAUCCUAUAAAGGCAAGAAAUGUGCUUUCAGAGUGAUUCAGGUUUCUCCAUUUCUCCUUGCAUUAUCUGGUAAUAGUAGGGAACUAGUAUUGGACUGAGUAGUCUUCUUUUCAGCAACAUUCCUC